CACAUCUGUCACAAGGCUCAGCAGACUUACAGCAACCUGCAGGCUGCACGAUGGCUCAAGACAAAACUGUCGUUUUCUUUGACCUGGAAGCCACUGGAUUAGACACCACGGUGUGUGACAUCAUUCAGCUCGCCGCCAUCUGCGAAGACAGGAUCUUUAAUGUCUACAUCCUCCCCCGCCAGCCACUCACAGAGAGCGCAAAACGUGUCACGGGCUUCACCGUCAGCAACAACCGCCUAUUUCUCCGCGGGGUUCCUGUGGACACCAUCCCUCUUGCCGAGGCUCUCACUAAUUUCAUCGCCUUCCUGCGCUCCUUCCACCGUCCAGUGCUGCUGGCGGCCCACAAUGCAAAGCGCUUCGAUGCACCUGUGCUCACCAGAUGGCUGCAGAAUUGCUCCCUCCUGCAGCAGUUCCAACAGGUGGUGUCUGGGUUCCUGGACACCUUCUUGCUUAGCAAGAACCUGUUUCGUCUGAGCAGUUACUCCCAAGAGUUCAUGGUCCGGCGCUUCCUGGGAAAAAGCUACAACGCUCAUAAUGCUGUGGAGGAUGCCAGAAUGCUGCAGGAGCUGUACAAGGCCUGGAGACCUACCACAUUUAGCGUCUCCAAUUGUACCUUCAGGGCAGUCCGGGUGUAUUAACAAAAUGCUGAAAGAAAUACAUGAAAAAUUAUCAGACAAAGCAAAAAUAUUCUAUGUUAAAGCUGACCUUUUAUUUGCUGUUAUGUUCAGGUCAUUGGACAAACAGGAACAAAUGAAAUGGAGUAAUGUGUGGUCAUAAGUUAUCAAGAUUUAACUUAUUUACUGUUAAAUGUAAUGUAAUGUGUCACAUGCAGUGCAAUCUUCCUUUUCUGUUUCCC